AUGGCUUCUUGCGGGUUUGAGGGCUUCGAGAAGCGGCUGGAGCUGGUGUUCGAGCUCCCGGCGAGCGGCGGCGAGGUGGCGCGGCAUGGGCUCCGGUUGCUGCCGGCGGAGGCGCUGCGGGAGGUGCUCGACGCGGCGCAGUGCGCCGUGGUGUCGGCAGCGGGGAACGCGGCGGCGGACGCGUACGUGCUGUCCGAGUCGAGCAUGUUCGUGUACCCGGGGCGGGUGGUGCUCAAGACGUGCGGCACCACGCCGCUGCUCCGCGCCGUGCCCGUGCUGCUCCGCGCCGCCGCCGCGCUCCGGCUCCGGCUCCGGUCGUGCAGGUACUCCCGCGGCGAGUACCUGUUCCCGGAGGCGCAGCCGUUCCCGCACGCCCACUUUGCCGACGAGGUGGCGUACCUCGACGCCGCCCUCCCCCGUGAGCUCCUCCGCUUCCGCCGCUCCGCCGUGAUGCCGUCGUCGUCGUCGUCGUCGCCCGGCGCCUCGCACAGGUGGCACGUCUACUCGGCGUCGUCGUCGGCGUCGUCAUCCGACGCGGAUGGCGCGGCGCGGCUCACGGCGGAGGUGUGCAUGACGGAGCUGGACCGCGGCAUGGCCGCGCGGUUCUACCAGCGCCCCGGCGACGGCCGGACCAGCCACGCCAUCGGCGACGAGAUGACGGCGGCGUCGGGGAUCGGCGGCGUGGUGGACGAGAAUGACCCGCGCUCCCUGGUGUGCGCCUACGCGUUCGCGCCGUGCGGCUACUCCAUGAACGCGCUCGACGGCGCGCGCUACGCCACCGUGCACGUCACGCCGGAGGACGGCCACUGCUACGCCAGCUUCGACGCCGCGUCGUCGCUCUGCACGCCGGUGGCCGAAGCCCUGGAGCCGCUUGGCCUGGCGUGCCAUUGCCGCGCCGCCGAGGUCUUCCCCGGCGCCGGCACCGUGACCUACCAGACGUUCACGGCGCCGGCGACCAAGCAUGAGCAUGACAACUAG